AGUUUGGCUCGCACACCCACAACAAUUACCACACGUCGCCGACGGCUACAGGACGCAGCGCACCGCGAGACAUCACGCCAACGACGCGCACUCGCUAGCCGCGGCAGCCGAGACAAGGGCAGCCCCCUACAAAUAAGAUCGAGCCAGGGCAGCCUAGCAUAGCAAGCAUGGCCGACGAACAAACGGGAGAGAACGCCUUCGAGGAGGCCACCGAGGAGGACACGCAGUUGGAAGCGGCGGCCGACGCCCUCGAGGCCGCACAAAAUGAACAGCCGGGCUGGUGGCGCUGGCGCAAGGCGGCAGCUUUGGUCACCUUUGGCAAGAAAGCCGACGAGCCGCCGCCGCCGCCCGUCGAACCGGUCUCGUCCGUACGAGGCACGAAGCCCGACUUCUGGAAGCUCGCGAAGCACGCCCAGAAGAUCAAGUCCAUUCCCCCGUCGCCAAAACGCGCGUCCUACCCGCCCUUAGCGCAAGAGCAACAGAAGGACCCCGAGGACCCCACCCGCAUCUACUGGGACAUGACCUUCGUCUUCCCCGUGAAGAAGGAGAAGAAGGACGACGCUGAGGAGCCGAAGAGCGACUUCCAACAAGCACUGGGCGAUAUGAAGGCCGCAGUCAAAAAACGACUGAAGAAGAAGAAGAAGCACCAGUUUGAUCACACGGACUUCAUCGGCAAGGUCACGGCGGCCGGGCUCGUUACGUCGGCCUAUCUAUCGAUACAAAAAGACGAGAUCUACGUUCGCGUCGGGGCGACGCACGAGAGGUUAUGCAUCCAGGCGGACAACAUUAAUUUUCCGACGCCGCUCGAUGAGGAUCGAUUGAGAUUAGUCUGCGAGGCCGGAUUACCGCAGUAUCAAAUCGAGCCGAUGAAGAUUCCCGAACGGACGCCUCCCGAGGACGGCGAGAAGACUUUUAGUAGAUUCAGAGCCUACCAGCACAUCAACGGCAAGUACGACACGUCGGAAGAAUUAGCACCUCUUUAUAGACGUACGCAUGAGCACACGGGGUUUAGGGGAGACAACAGUCAAGAAAGGACGCUGUUCAAUUCGAUGCGUCGGUUGAAGCUGAUGUGGUCUUGCAUUAAUGAUGAGCCGUCGCUGGGAGGUGCGGGCGUUGCGGUCGAGAAGCGCGUCCAACAGAAGAAGAUCUUAGCCGCCCUGGCGAUGCACAACCAGCGGGAGCGCAAAGCUUUAUACGAGCACUGGGUCCGCGCGUCGAUCUUCACGCUGCCGUCGCGCAUUGAUUUGCAGGGCAUGCUGCCGUUCUGCUGCGACUGCUACCUCGAGGGCAUGCCGCUCGAGGCCUACAAGGAAUACUUCGGCGAGAAGCAGGGCUUGCUCAUGGCGUUCAAGGCCCACAUCACGACGGGCUACCUCAUGAUGUCUUUGUUUGGCAUCGUCGUGAUGUUGUGGUGGGCCAACACGGGUUCCAUUACUGGAGAUGGGUCUGUGUUCAUUUAUGCGUGCGUGGUGGGGUUGUGGAGCGUGCUGAGCAUGGAGAGCUGGAGAAGGCAGGAGCGCGAACUAGCUUUGAAGUGGGGCAUGGUCGGCUUCGAGGCGCAACAAGCUAGACGGCCGCAGUUCAAGGGCAUUCCCGACAUGGACGACGCCGUGACCGGACGGCCGGGCGCGUUCUUCCCGCCGCAUAGACGGACGUGUCGCGUCGCGUUCGCGAAGCUUGUGACGUUAAUCUGCCUCGGGUUAUCCGUGGCGUUUUUGGUCGGCUGCGUCUACUACAAGAAGCAGAACGCGACCGCCGGUGCGCUCGUGAACUCGGUCGGCAUCAUCGUCUUCAAAUUAGCGUAUGAAAAAGUCGCCGUCAAAUUAACCGAUGCGGAGAACUGGAUGACCGACACUGUAUAUGCGGAUAAACUCAUCUCGCGCCUAUCAGUCUUCAACUUUGUGAACAGCUACUUCUCCUUAUUUUUUACGAUCUUUUUUUACUGCUGGGCCUUCGGCAAUGAGGGGAAAGAAAACAAGGGCCCGUGCCGCAUGGGCGCCUUCCGCAAGCUCCAGCAGGAUUUGGGGAUUUUGCUAGCUACCCAGAUCUUCGCGCAGAACAUAACUAAUUUUAUCGUCCCUUACAUCCAGCUCAUCGUAAAAAUGAAGACGGAGGGCGGCCUGGAGCGGGACGAGAACGGCGUCGCGCGCGUGAACGAGAUGUCGACGCCCGGCGUCGAGUACUUACUCGUCGAAUGCGACGAGCAGCUGGACAACAUCAAGGCGACGACGAUGGAGGCGACGCAGUACGGGUAUGUUACGUUAUUUUCGGCGGCGUUUCCGCUCGCACCGCUCAUGACGUGCAUCAACAACUUGGUCGGAUUAAGGAUGGACGCCUACAAGUACCUCUGUACGUACCGAAGGAUCCAGCCGUUCGGGUUCGAAGACAUCGGCACGUUCCAGUCCAUUUUUGAGCUCAUGAACUAUCUGGGCAUCGCGUCGUCGUUCCUAGCGAUAGUCUACCGCACGGACGUCCUGAAGAACUACUGGCCGGCGAAGUGGGGCGCGGAGCCGUCGCGGCACCAGGAGGACGUCGUCUUCAUGGUCAUCUGCUCCUUCUACUUCGGGUUCAUGCUCAUGCUGCGGGUGCUGAUCGACGACGUGCCGUUUGACGUGGAACUCCAGAUCAAGCGCAACGACUUCCUCAACUCCAAGAUCAUCGACCACGUCGCGGACGAGGCCGACACGGCCCUGUCGCCGACGGCUUUGACGGUGGCCGUCGAAGUGAAAGACCGGGACACGAUGGAGCCCUACUCGACCUACGACAAGCUCUUUGGAAGAGGAUUGGAAGAGGCUGUAAGAAAAGUCGAAGAAAUCUCGCCGCGGCCUUUGCGGCCCGUCUCGCCCCGGGCUGCUCCGCCCGACGCUUCGCCCAAGGCCGAUGCCUAGGUCUCGCCUCCCUUUCCUUCCUCCCGGGCGCCUUACUCUAGGAGAUAGACCCACUUAACAUCGCCACGAAAAAGGCAACUUCGCUACCGGC